UCAACAUACCACGCCCACUCAGCUGUUUCCUCAACCGUCCAUAGGUAAAAGUUUUUCUCUGUCGCGCUACACUAACUUAUCUACUUCUAUGUAGCACACCAAAACGUUUCUAGACGUUAUUCAGAGGCCCACUCGUCCAAACCUCCGCAGGUCUCAGCCAUGUCUCUAUCGGACCAGAGCCAACAGUGGUAUCCCACCAGCGUACAGGUAACUGUGCUUCAGGCAAGAAGCCUGAGGAUAAAGGGAAAAAAUGGCACCAACGACUCAUACGCCAUCAUGCAAGUGGCCAAGGAUAAAUUCGCUACAUCGGUGGCAGAAAAGAGUGUGGCACCCGUGUGGAAAGAGGAGGCCACGUUCGAGCUGCCGCUCUUCCACAACGGUAACACAGAGAAGUGUACGUUGCAUGUCCACGUAAUGCACCGGGCUCUCGUGGGAUCGGACAAGUUGCUCGGGCACGCAGUCAUCAACCUGUUGGAGCUCAGCGAGGUUAAAUCCCGCAAUAAGACUGAAUGGCAUAAGCUGUUGGAUAAGGCAGGCAAGCCAGACAAAGACAGGGGAGAGGUGCUGGUGGACAUCCAGUUUAUGAAGAACAACCUGACCGCCAGCAUGUUCGACCUCUCUGCUACAGACAAGCCGCGCUCCCGCCUGGGCAAGUUCAAGGACAAGGUUCGAGGCAAGAAGAAGGAGGGUCUGUCGGACUCAGCGUCUGCCGUGGUGCCGUCCUUCACCCAGGUUCUGACGGACAGCGAGGGAGAGGGGGAAGGGGAAGGAGGUGCAGACAAAGAAGAGAAAAAGAAGAAAAACAAGCUGAAGUCUCUGUUUUCCCCCAAGUCUAAUCUGCAGCGUCACGGACUGUCUCAAUCCAUGUCUGUCCUGGGCCCUCUGCCGGAGAAGGACUCCUCACUGAGUGGCAGCCCCUCCUCAGGCCUCAAUGAGGACUCCUCUGAAGGUAAAAAUAAAUUCAAGUUUCUGACCCAUAAGCGCACAGGCAGUUCCGACAGUAAGGCCUCUCAGGGCUCCCUGUCUCUAGGGCGCUCUAAGAUCCAUGCCCCGCUUGCAGAGCAGAGUAACCUGUGCAUCAACGGCAGUCACUUGUACACAGAACAUCCCCAUCCCCGGAGCGCGCGCACCGGCUCCACCUUCAGCCUUGCCAGCUCAGGCCAUGGUUCCAUGGAAGACCUACGCAGGGCCCAGGGCCGUAAGAGCUCCAGCACCUCCAUGGACUCUCUCACGGCCCUGAAGCAGCCCUCACCCUGGGCAGAGGGGGAGAGCAGCAGGGCAGAAGAGGAGGAGGAGGAGGAGGAGGAGGAGGAGGAAGAAAGAGUUAAGAUGGACGAGAUGAAGAGAAAGGAAGAGCAGGAGAGAAAGAAGUUAGAGGAAGAGAGGAUGAGGAAGGAGGAACAAGAGAAAAGGAGGAUUGGGAAGGAGGUAGAAAGACUUAGGUUUGAGGAGGAAGAGAAAACAAGGAAGGAGGAGCAGGAAAACAGAAAGAGGAUGGAGGAGGAGGAAAAGAUUAGGGUUGAGGAGGAAAGUAGAAUGAUGGAAGAGAGGAAGAGGAGACUGAAGGAGGAGGGAGAGGAGAGGGUAAAGAAGAAAGAACAGGAAAUGAUUAGGUUACAGGAGGAACAAGAGAGGUGGGAAGAAGAGGAAAGGAUGAGGCGAGAAGAGCAUGAAAGAAUGAAGAGGGAGGAUAGACUGAGGAAGGAGGACGAGAGGAAAAUGAGGGAGGAGGAGGAAAGAUUGAAGAGGGAGAAAGAGGAGCGGAUUAAGGAGGAGGAAGAAAGGAUUAGGAGAGAACAAGAGGAAGAUAUGCAAAGAAGGGAGGAACGGCAGAGGAAGAUGAGGGAGGAGGAAGAAAGACUAAGGAUGGAAGAGGAGAUGCGGGAGGAAGAAGUAAGAGUGAAGAGAGCGCAGGAUAGGCUGAGAGAGGAGGAGAGAAGAGUGAGGGAGGAGGAAGAAAGAGUGAGGAAGGCCAAGGAGGAAGAUAGGCUGAGAGCGGAAAUGGGGAUAAAGAGGACAGAGGAGGAAAGAAUUAAGAGGGAAGAGGAGGAUAGGCUGAGAAAGGAGGAAGAGGAGAGGAAGAUCAGGAAGGAAGAAGAGAGGAUAAGGAUAUUAGAGGAGGAGAUGUUGCGGAAGGAUGAAGAGCAGAGGAAGAUCAGGAAGGAGGAAGAGAGGAUAAGGAUAUUAGAGGAGGAGAUGUUGAGGAAGGAUGUAGAGCAGAGGAAGAUCAGGGAGGAGGAAGAGAGGAUAAGGAUAUUAGAGGAGGAGAUGUUGAGGAAGGAUGAAGAGCAGAGGAAGAUCAGGAAGGAGGAAGAGAGGAUAAGGAUAUUAGAGGAGGAGAUGUUGAGGAAGGAUGAAGAGCAGAGGAAGAUCAGGGAGGAGGAAGAGAGGAUAAGGAGAUUAGAGGAGGAGAGGCUGAGGAAGGAGGAAGCAGAAACAAUGAGGCUUGAAGAAGAAAGGGGCAAUGAACAGGAGAGGAGUGAUAAGGAGCAGAAAGAAAUAUUUAGGGUAGAGGAAGAAAAUAUGAAAACAGAGGAGUUGAGACAGGAAGAGAAAAGGAGAAAUGCACAGAUGGAGGAAGAGCAAAGGCGUGAGGAGGCGAGGGCACCGUUGGAGGAAGUUGAGAAGCAGAUGGAGCAGUAUAGCGAGUCAAAGGUCACCGUGUGCAAUAAUCCUUUUGAGGAAGUCUCUCCCACCAGUUCAUUUGAUGACAGCUCUUCAAAUAAUCUGUUUGAGGAGAACCCUAUGACCACUACUGGACCCAUCAGCUGCCGGAUAAAUAAAGUAUCAGCAGUCAAGCCAAGACCCUCUUCAUGGGGGAACCCUUCAAAGCCUGCUAUAUCUUCCAACCCCUUCUUAUCGUCCUCGUCUCCUGAACUGGAGAGUUCUAUGGACUCCCCCAGAGGCGCAAGGGAAAAUAGAGACGCUAUUGACCCGUCUACUAAUCUGAUGGAGAAGAAAGACCCUGCCCCUGUGGCUGCCAUCAACCAGCCCUGGGCUCGUAAGGACAACUGGUCUAGUAAAUCUCAUUGUGCCACACCUACCCUUGCUAAAACAAAGCCAACAAAACCGCCCCCUCCCCUCAGAUGUCAAUCUUCCACGGCAUUGGUGGGAAGUGGGGAUGACCAGGGGAGUGUUAGUGGUAAGGACCAUUCCAGUGUCAGACAGGAUAAGGGCCCUGCUCCACUGCCUCCAGACAACCAGCGAUGGGCUCAUAAGGACAACUGGCCCAGUAAGUCCAACCCUGGUUCUGCCACUCCUACCCUCACCCAAAAACCGCCAACAAAACCGCAGCCUCCUCCAAGACGCCACUCUGCCACGUCAUUGGUGGGAAGCGAACAUGACCUGCACUUAAAUGAGAGUGUUAGUCAGGAUGAUUCCGGUGUCAGGAGGGACAAGCGUCCUGCUCCACUGCCUCCUGACAGACCAAACCAGGCUCCAAGCCAGACACAGAGUAUGACCAGUGUGAAUCAGGGACAUAAGGACAGAGUGGGUGCCUCCAUGUCCAAAGUUUCUCAACGUGUGGUACAGAUGAUCACGCCACUGAGAUCUUCCUCCGCAGCUACAACAGAGCACAUCAGUGGAGGCCAGAGCUCUACCCACCAUGGGAACCAAGCAGAGGAACCCAUGCCAUCAGCCACUGGGGGGUUGGUGGUUGUGAAACACAAUAAAGGUCCAGCACCCUCCAGGCCCCAGCACCUUCCAGGGAAGACAAUGCCAACAGUUGAUGUGUUAGAUGAGCAAUCAAAUACUGAGGAACAUGACUCUUCGGUUGAGUUUGGUCCAAAUAAUCCCUUUGCAGAAGACUGCAGAAUGGAGAAGUCCUCUGGAUGUGGUGUAGAACAGAGUCUAACUGGUGAGCGCCAGGGGAGCCCGCACUCUCACAAUCAACAGAGUUGUACCUCCACAGAUGCAGAUCUAGGUCCGUUUCAGAAGCGUGUGGUUGGGGACACAACUGAGCUUCCAACGCCAGAUGUUCUGCCAGCCGAGGAUGUCUCCUGUCCCACCAAAAGCACAUCAGCGAAGCGGGCCCGUGCUCCCUUGCCUCCAGUGAAGAUAACAUCCACCUUUAGAGAGGAGGGAGCUGGUAAACAGAGUUCUGGAAAACUACAAAGCCCAGGGGCUCCCACUUCGAGUAAGCUUUCCUCAGGUAACUGGGUAAAAAAGCAGAAUGGCGGGGUGGGUGUGGCACUACCAUGUGUUACACUUGCCCAGCCCCCAUGUUUCCCCUCACCUGCCCCCUCCUCCAUACCCCACCCCGAGCCCCUGAAGGGAUCAGGGGGCAGGAGAGACUGUUCUCCCCAGACAACAAGCUCUGUCCCUGGCCAGAAGACCCUGCUUCAUGCUGGAGCUCUGCCCUCCAUUACAGAGCAGUACAGUGGAGAGGAGGCAGGAGGGAGAGGGGACAGGUCUGCCUCAAGCACACGCAGGCCACACCCAGUAAAGCCCUUGAGUUCCUUGGAAAACCAGCCAGCUUCCAACAUCCAUGAGGGACAGGCUGGCAAAUCUACAGGGAUCCUCGGUGGCCUUCAAGAGAAGAUAAAGGUCAAAGACACAGGGGUCAAAGGUCCCUACUCCCAGCUGACCCAGGAAGAGCUGAUCUCCCUGGUGCUAAAGCAGCAGGAGCAGCUCUCCAAAAGGGACGAUAAGAUUAAGGAGCUGGAGCAGUACAUUGACAACCUGCUGGUGCGCAUCAUCGAGGAGCAACCCAGUAUCCUGAUGACCAUGAACUCACUCAAAUGAGUGUUCCUAAUCAUUCAGAGCAGGGCUUUACUAAAAUGUUUAUCUUCCUCAAUGCACAUGUAUUGGGCUGGUUGAAUAUUUCAGUCUGAAUUCACCUGACACCCAUGUACAGUAUACCAUACCAAGCACUGGCUUUCUGUUUCUACUGAACAGGUGCACUUUUGUUCAUUACAUUUUGAUUGUUGACUAUUUGAUUGCUCAUUACAUUUUGAUUGAAGGAUUUCUUAACUUUAUGGUGUGUAAAGACCGUAUAAGAACAACAAAGCACAAGUUUAAAUAGGCCUGUGGGAAGUUGCCUUACGUUUUUGACAGUUUGAUUUUUCUUAGUAUUAAUGUUUUGAUUUUCUUGCGAUGAGUAUCAUAUGAAGGUUAUAUCCAGCGCAAUGACACUGAAGAAUGAAUUGAAUAAUAAAUAAUGAACGCUCCAACAGAACAGUGGAGUUUGCAUAUUUGGUAACACUUUAUGUAAAGCAGACAGACCGGCAUAAUAAGGUGUCAUACAUGCUUAUGACAAGUAUUACAAUGAAUUAUAAUCACAUAAUGAGUAAUACCUGUUGGUAAAGUGUUUGUAUUGCUUGUCUAUGAGGUACAUAUAUAUUAUUCCCUGAUACUGUAUAACUCGUAUAAAUGUUGUACAUAUUGAGAUGUCCUUUUCCUAUUGUCAACUUCAUGUUGAAUCACUUUGAGGAGGAAAUAACUGAUAAGUUGCUGGUCUUAAGAGAUAAACAUGGAUUGAUAAUUAUUACAAUUUAGUCUACAGAUAAGCAAGGUUUACUGGGAAGUGUGGACUGCAAUGAAUCUAGAGUGCAUUAAUCAAAAGGCAAUCUCACUGACAGGUGCACCUCUGGAAACAAAUUGCAUGGGUGUAACCUAUAGACACUGUUCAAAGUGGCAUUUCCUUGUGAAGAAAGCUAUUGAAAUUCAGAGACUUUUCUUAAACCAGCUACCACUGGCCAUAGGUAGAUACUCUGACACAUCUUGCUACUGUAUGUUGGUCUGCCUUUGGUCAUACAAAUUAUUACUGUAUAGUUGGGUGAAAGUUCAUCUCGGGACACCCAGAACUAAAAUCUAAUGUAUCCCGCGUAAUUGCGUCAAACGCUCAAUUACAUCUGUCCACGAGAUAUUAGGUGAACGUCGGAACGUUUAUAUUUGAUCCAUGUAAAGCCUAUUUUACAAUGAUAAAAUAAAGACUCAUUUUCAAAAAA